CUGUACUGAUGACGAACCAAGGAACUUGCCAAUAAUGUUUUAGGAUACACAUUUUAAUAACAAAAAAAAUCUCACUUGUGCAAUAAUUAUUUACAUUAUUGUUACGUAGCUAUUAUGUGAUGCACUUGUGAUUAGUUUGGACAUUCCAUUCACUGCUGUACCAAUAUUAGGAAUCCUCUCUUCAUAAUCAUCACAUUCUAGGGGAACUUACUGUUAUCUGUGUAAAACUGUGUAACUAGCAAUAAUAUCAUUGUCGAUCUUUACCGAAUCACCAAACCAGCAAAUUAAAGAAGAGAAGAGACCCUGCAUGGUGCAACUUACAAAGCUCUUGUCUACUCCUAAGAAUGAGAAAAUAAAAAAUUAACUUCAAGCAUUGCCAAGAGAAUGCGGUGAUUGUGAAGCUUAUACUAAUCGUCUCAAGCGCUACUGCCACAGCUCAUUAUUUGAUGGACGCGAACAAAUCUCUUCGAAUGAAUUAAAGGCAGGCUAACUGCUAUGAGCUGGUACAUGUGCACAUUGUAGCAAGACAUGGAGAUCGUACCCCAUCUUCAACCUACGGCUUGGUUCCAGAGUGUACUAUGAAUGUGGCCUGGUCCAGGAAUCAAUUAGUUGGAACGGACUCAAAGAUUUUACUCCACAUUUUCUACCUUCAUCACGUGGAAUUGAGCCUUAAAUUCAGAGUUCCAUCCCGGAACCCAAAGACACGAGUGUGGGGACGUCAAGGGAAUCGGUAAACUGACGUUACUAUAGGCUACAAGCAACAUGUAUACUUGGGCAAACUGAUGUGAGACAAAUAUGACAAUUUUGUGGCUCCCAUUAUUGAGGAUGUUCCAUCUCUAAGGAAUGGUGUGUACGUACAAUCCACUCAGGUGCUCAGGACAAUUCUCAGUCUGUCUGCUUUUAUGUUGGGAUUUCUACCAGAUUCAACCGAGCUUCGACGAGCUACAACCGUUUACAUCUCACACGGUACACUGCUUGAAGCCCCUCCAGUUGGCAUUGAGACUGUUUAUCAACAUUGCCAUGGCUACUCUCAACUAUGGAAUGAAGAUCGUAGACAAACUGGUUACCUAACGAGUGAAAACAAAACCUGUCAGUAGCCAAAGUGUUUGAGCAACUUUCUAUCAAAGGCUGCCAUCGACCUUUGGACCCACUACCUUGUGUGAAAGACAACGGUCCGUGUGUUUCGUACCAGCAAGCUUUGGAGCUAUUCAAAUUUGCUGACUGGGCUUGGAGCAAUGGCCACCCUCUGAAGACAUCUAUCAUCGCAACAAUGCCGUUUUUGACUCAUUCCAUAUUGUCUCCAAUGCAACAAGUAAUUGAGAGUUAUCAGAGAAGCAUUUCAUUGGCUGGUUCUUACAAGUUCAUGGUAUCGCUGACACACGAUGAUGCAAUCACUAAGAUGUUAUCGAACCUGGGUGUGCGUGUGAGUGAAUGGAUACCUUAUGCAACUAGAGUUGUGGUUGAACUUUGGAAAAAGAAAAAUCAAGAAUCGAUGAGGUUCGAAUGGAGAAGUGGUGACUCCACAGUGUGGUGGUUUGAGAGAGGGGAUGAAUGAUGAACUGAUUCCAUACCCAGUCUUGAAGGUGUUCCUCACCUCGGGGACACACAGAGAACUCAAGUAUUACAAUAAGAUGUGUAGAACUACAUAGCUACAGUUGGCUGUAUAUUAUUAUGUGUGUGCUUACAAUACUUGGUAAUGAGGUAAUGUUUUAGUCACAGCAGGAGUUCAUUUAUGAUUUCUGGUCACAGGAAUAAAAGUGACAGAGGAAAGGGAGGGGUCUAAACAAAGCCAUUUUCAUGGACAGUACAGUAGGAAAAUGGACAUACAUGAUGCUGCCAGGGCUGGUGACUUGAGUGCUUUACAAGAUGCCAUCAAGAGGGGAGAUGAUGUUAACAGUGUGGAUGAGGAUGAGUGGACUCCACUCAUGGAGGCAGCCAGUGAAGGUCACACUGGCUGUGUUAGAGAGCUGCUCUCUUCAGGAGCCGUGGUGGACCUGGCUAGCAAGGAUGGGUGGACUCCACUCUAUUGGGCAGCCUAUGGAGGCCACGCUGACUGUGUUAGAGAGCUGCUCUCCUCAGGAGCCGUGGUGGACCUGGCUGACAAGGUUGGGAACACUUCACUCUAUGUGGCAGCCAGAGAAGGCCAUACUGACUGCGUUAGAGAGCUGCUCUCCUCUGGAGCCGUGGUGGACCUGGCUAACAAGGAUGGGGACACUCCACUCUAUGUGGUAGCCAGCUAUGGUCACACGGACUGUGUUAGAGAGCUGCUCUCCUCAGGAGCCGUGGUGGACCCGGCUAACAAGGAUGGGUACACUCCACUCAUGAGGGCAGCCUACUGGGGACAGGAAGAUACUGUAAGGGAGCUUCUCUCAUCAGGGGCUUCCCCUCUCUGCACUACUAAACGUGGAAAGACUGCUCUGAUGAGAGCCAAGGGAUCACGUCGCUCUAACCCUUCAAUAAUAAAACUGUUGGAGGAAGCUGCUGAAUCACAUUCACGUGUUCCAGUCCUCCCAAGAAACUGGACUGUUGUCACUGACACAGAAACGAAGAAGCCAGUCUACCAGAACAAGGCAGCAGGGGAAACCCUCUCCACACCACCUGGAUAUCCCCUGCACCAAACCUCCGCACACCCUGAUGUCACUUUUUAUGACAAGCCUCAAGAGAAGGAGUUUACCUCCAGUGGUGGCCAUGCCGACUUUGAUAAUGGAGUUCAAGUGACUGUUCCAGCUAAUGCUGUCCCAGCAAGGACCUCUGUGGUCAUUAAAGUCCAACCCAGCCUUGCCUCCAAUGAUGUGUUUGUUAUGCCUGAGGGCAUUCAGUCUGCCAGUCCGUCCUACUUGAUCUCUGGUGAAGGUCUAAACGGAGAGGUGACCCUGAGGAUGGAGCAUCAUAUACGAGUGUCCACCCAACAAGAAGCUGAUGACCUCCUCUUUCUCCAAGCUGACUCGUCUCCCAAGAGAUCUGGUUCAAACAGUGUUUACGAGUACCAGGAGGUACAAAAGGGAAGGUCAGAGUUCCCUCCUGGAGGGAACACUGGGAGACUGACGCUGGGCACACGACUGAAGAACUUCUUUAAAAUUGGGAGGAGAAAAAGAGGUACAGGCAAUACUGACAGUAACCUCUACACUGUCAGAGUCUACCGGUCUCCUCCACACACAACUGGGGACAGGCUAGCCGUCAUUGUAGCCAGUCUCUGUGGGAGCUUAUAUACUAAGUUUCUGGAGACACUUGAUAAAGUGAUGAUCCCACGAGACUACCCAGAAGUGUCUUCAAAGUUAAUUGACAGGACGACUCAAGAAUCGCUGACGUUUUUUGAUAUGUGUGCCACUCUCAACAUUGACCCAGUGCAGGGAUGGUCUGUGGAACCAGACAAGGAAUUGAUUUCGCGUAGUGAAGUGGAUCAGCCUGAGAUGGAGAAAUUCAGACCUGAGGAUCUCCACAACUACCCUCCCAGGAUAAUCUGCAGGUUCUUCCCUGAUCAUGAGGAGAAUGCUCCCAAGAGAACCACCUGUACCAUCUCCUUGUCUGGACUCCUGCCACAGGUCAAAGUUCAUCUAUCAUUGAUACCCACCCCCAAAGUUGCUGUGGAUACUACUAAACUACAGGAGGCCACUGAUGAGUUGAGAAGGUCUGCCCUGGCAGUGAGUGACACACAACUUGGCUCUACUGUGAAGAGUGUAGUGUCUCUGAUGGAGAGAAUGACUGCUGCUCUGAGGGCAUCUUCUCUGAGUGAGCUGACAGGUCACACUGACUCCAUACGGACAGAGAUAAAGGCUGUCCUUGUAGUGACCAGGAGGGUUGUCGAGGAGUGCACAGUACAGAGCAUCAGUGAGAACAUGGGAGCCAGUCUGUCUAAGAUGGAGACUUUAUCUCACCAGCUUUGUAUGGUGGCUAAGGUUAAACUGAGAAACUGUCUAGACCGGUCAGAGGAGACAGUUGCUCUUGUUGACCUGGUGGAGAAUGGAGCUAAUCUGUUGAGAGCUGUGGACUGUCUACUCAGGGACAUCCACACACUCAGUGGAUUCAGCGGCCUGGCAGAGAGGAUAGACAUUGAACACCCUCUACUCAACAACGAGAUUGAGACAACAGAGUUCGUAUAUUUGGCUGCACAUUUCGACAACGUGAUAAUGUACUCUCAGAUGUUGGGACUCAAUCGUUCUCAGCAAGCUAGUGUGAGGCAGCUUCUAGUUUUAUAUGACAUUCAAACGGCCAUGAUGGAGUGCUUGUCCCUGUGGCAGAGGAGUAACCCAGCUGCUGCAACUUAUAGAACUCUUCUGAAACUACUCGUAAGAAUGAAAAAAUAUAACAUUGCGAGUGAUGUGUUCAAACAUUGCCUUGAGAAUAGUAAACUUACAUAGUACAUAUGUAGCGUAUUAUUUGUUUUGUGAUCGUCCGUGGUGUUGUAUUUUCAGGUUAUAUAGUAGAGUUUGAAUGCACGUAAUAUUUUAUGGUGUUUUUGUAAUUGUAUUUUUUGUCUGAAUUGUGAGUCACAUUUUUAUG